GCUUUGCGUUCUCAUCCGCUCCCCACAGGCGCACACAAACCGUCAACUUGUAAGGAUUUUCUAUGGCGAUGGUCCCUCCGUACACGCACUUUGCCCCUCUUCUUCUGCUGCUUCAUUUCCUGGCUGCAUCACCCGUCACUCAAGAUGACCUGGUAAUCAAUACAAGUCAUGGGAAAGUUCGAGGGAAGUUGCUUCAAGUGCUCGGGGGUAAUGUCCGAGCAUUUCUUGGGAUUCCUUUUGGAAAACCACCGCUGGGAAAACUGCGAUUCAAAGCUCCAAUGCCAGUAGAGAGAUGGGAAGUGGUGAAAGACGCUAUUGCAUUCCCGAAUUCUUGCUACCAGCCGCUGGAUACAACCUUUCCAGGGUUUAAAGGUGCAGAGAUGUGGAACCCCAACACUCCUCUGAAUGAGGACUGUCUGUACCUAAAUGUCUGGUCCCCACAUGUCAAUAAAACCCAGCCUCAGCCGCCACCCCUGGCUCCUGUCCUUGUCUGGAUCUACGGAGGCGGGUUUGUUCAAGGAACGUCUUCUCUGGACCUUUAUGACGGCCGCUUCCUCACUAAAUCUGAAGAUGUUGUUGUGGUGUCAAUGAAUUACAGACUUGGAGCUUUUGGUUUCCUUUCUCUUCCUGACAACAAUAACAUCCGCGGCAACGCAGGUCUGCUGGACCAGCGCUUAGCCCUCCAAUGGGUAGCCAAUAAUAUUGCCGCUUUUGGAGGUGACCCUUCAAAGGUGACUCUAUUUGGAGAGAGUGCUGGGUCAGCAUCUGUGGGCUUUCACCUGCUGUCCCCAGGGAGCCAUGCCCUUUUUCAGAGGGCCGUAAUGGAGAGUGCCUCUCCCACUGCACCCUGGGCCACAAUUAGCCAGACUGAGUCCUGGAACAGGGCAUUGAUGCUGGCAAAGUCACUGGGGUGUCCAACGGCCAAAUCAGCUGAACUGGAAGCUUGUCUGCAGCAGGCUGACGCUGGGAAAAUCACAUCACAGCAAUACGACGCCCUCACACAAGCUUCAGUCUUAGGCCUGCCCUUUGUUCCUAUCGUUGAUAAGGACUUCCUACCAGAUAAACCUGAAGUGCUGCUGAGAACUGGUAAACUCCCAAAGAAAGAAUUGCUACUUGGUGUCAACAAAGACGAGGGGACAUACUUCCUACUCUAUGGAGUGCCUGGAUUCAACCUCACUGGUCAGAGUCUGAUCACCAGGAACGAGUUCCUGCAGGGUGUGACCAACACGAUGUCAGACGCAAGUGAGGUUGUGAGAGAAGCCGCCAUUCUCCAGUACACUGAUUGGACGGAUGAGAAUAACGGAAUGAAAAAUCGGGACUUCCUGGGUAGUCUGGUUGGAGACCAGCUUUUCAAUUGUCCAGUGAUUGAGUUUGCUCAAAGGUACUCACAACAUGGUGGCAAGACCUCCCUGUAUUUGUUUGACCACCAGUCGUCCGUCAACCCUUGGCCGGCGUGGAUGGGCGUGAUGCAUGGCUACGAGAUUGAAUUUGUCUUUGGAAUGCCUCUGAAUGCGUCCCUGGGUUACACGAAGAAUGAAGUGAACAUGACUAAGAAGAUUAUGAAACACUGGGCCAACUUUGCCCGAACAGGGGAACCAGGGAUUGAUGGAGCUAACUGGCCCACGUUCACCCCUCAGCAGCAGGGCUAUGUGACUCUGAACUACAACUAUCCAGAACACAGGACAACGAUGAAGCCUCAAGAGUGCCAGCUGUGGAACAAAUUAAUACCUAGUCUACAGAGGGUCUCAGAUGAUCUCCAGUCUUGUCUACAUGCAAAUGGGAUUAUGGUCUGCUGUAAUUACAGAUUCCUUCUCAUUUUACUGGUUACUGCUUUACUGGUUUUCUAGAGGGAAGAGAACUCUCUUUCAUAAAGUUUAAUGAAUAUUAAAAAUGGUCCAUAAAAAGGGAUGAACAAAACAUGGUCUCGACUACUGUUGUAAAACGUUUAUUUGAUUAGUGCAUUAUUUGUCCAAAAUAAUUAGAUUGUAUUGAUAUUUUUCUUCAUCAUUGAACAUUAUUAAAUGGUCUAUAUUUAUAUAAAUGGUCUGCACUUACAUAGUGCUCUUCUAUUCUUGAUGACCACUCAAAGCGCUUUACAGUACAGGUUUUUUUGGCCAUCCAACCAUUCAGACACAGACUCAUUUUAUUAGGGGGAAUUCGGGGUUCAGUAUCUGGCUCAAGGACACUUCGGCAUGCAGAUGGGGAAGACUGGAAGCGAGCCGCCAACCUUUUAGUUAGAGGGCGACUGCUUUUAACCCCAAGAAUCACAGCCGCCCUUAAUGCACUAAUAAAUAAGAGGGGUUUCAAUGUUGCAGUUGCUUGUGGUGGGAUAAUUUUUACCAAUUAGUUCAAACUGUUGGGAAUAUUAUUCUGUAAUAAACCCAUAUUUUCAUUAAGUACAAAUAUGUCAAACCUAAACUAAAAAAUACUCACCUAUGGUAUUUAAGUAUUACUUUCCACUACUGAUUGGAUUGUGCGGUUUAGUUUAAGGAAUAGUUUAGCUUGAACCCUAAACUCAAUCUAAGACAAUGUUGACAAGUGAGUUUUUUCUUAGAUUGGAAUUUAAUUGUCAAGGCCUAAUCUUCAUCUGCCUUAUUUUUUCUUGCUUGUUCAUGUCUUUCUUCCAAUCAUGUGCAUUGUGUUAAUGGAACGUCAAUGUGACACAAUCAGGGAUGCUCUGGAUCAGUAUGUUUUAUUGCACUGAUCAUUAAAGGCCAUGUAUUGAUCAUUCAA